AUGGCUGGUAUACAAUCAAAUUUUGAUUUCAUAUCAUCGUAUUGCGAACCAACAUUUAAUAUUGAAAAAUAUCAAUCGAAACAAACGGGAAUGAAAUUAUAUCAUAUUAAUGUACCAUUACCUUUGAUUAAACUUGAGAUAUGUGUACAAACAAAACCAUAUGAUGAUACUGGUUGUGCACAUACAUUAGAACAUUUAAUAUUUAUGGGUAGCCGUAAUUACCCUCAACAAGGUUAUCUGGAUUAUAUUUCUGCUCAACAUUAUUCUCUGGGCACCAAUGCGGCAACACAUCGUGAUAUGACAACAUAUGAAUUAACAACUGUGAAUCAUAACUCUUUAUCGACACUUCUUCCUGUUUAUCUUGAUCAUAUAUUUCAUCCAUUAUUAUUAAAUAAUUGCUUUUUAACUGAAGUUCAUCAUAUAUCCGGUGAGACAGGCGAUGAUGGCGGUGUUGUUUACAGUGAAAUGCAAGCAAGUGAAAAUCAACCAGAUGAAAUUCUCCUCUAUUCUAUAUUACGCGAUUUAUGGCCAGAUAAAUCACCCUAUUAUUAUGAAUCAGGUGGUCGUCUCGAGUCCAUACGAAAUGAAUUAACAUUAGAUAAAAUAAAAAUUUUUCAUCAAAAAUUCUACGUACCAAAUAAUGUUGCUAUUAUUUUAUGCGGCGGCGGUAUAAAUAUCGAUGAAAUAUUAGAAAUAUUAAAUAAAUUUGAACAAGAAAAUUUUCUUCAGUAUGAUAAUCGUCAAAAACUUUCUAUGGGAUCUUCAUUAAAUGAAAAUCAACGGAAAAAAGCUAAAUUAAGCGAUGAUAAUUUUCCUUCGAUACAAAUUAAAUCAGCGAGCUUCGAUGAAAGUCCUACUCCACCAGAUACAAACAAAAAAGUCAAUCUAUCAUCGAUUGACGCAACAAAAUUAUCAGUUCACACAAAUUCAUAUGAAGCUAAUGAACCAUCGUUUUGUGAUUCAGAAUUAAUGGUAUCACAUGGCGAAUCAUCGGCUGCAUCAUCACCAGGUUCAGUUUUAGUAGCCUUUGAAACGGAAAUCUCCAUAGGCCAACGUAAUAUGGUUGAAUAUAAAGAAGUUUGCUAUCCAGUAGAAGACAAUGAAGAAAAUUUAGGACAAGUAGCGUUUGGUUAUCGAUUAGAAUCCGUUUAUGAAAUGGAAAUUUAUACAGCACUCGAUGUUUUAUUAACAACAUUAUUUGAUGAGGAUAUUUCAAUUUUUUAUAAAGAAUUUAUAGAAUUACCAAAUACAUUGUGUUCGUCAACAGAUCACGAUUGGCUUAAUUUUCCAGAAAGAGUAUUAACCAUAACAUUUGAAGGUGUUGAAAUAGAUAAUUUAACGUUAGUUGCUGAUAAAUAUUCAUCUGUACUAUAUUCAAUUAUCAAUUCUCAAAUAGAUAGUGGUCAAUUAUAUACACAAUUACAAAGGAAUAUACGGAAGAAAAUUGAGGCACAUUUAAAUGAAGUUGAAGCUGAACCAUUCGAUUUUCUUACUGGUCUAUGUUGUUUGGAUCAUGUAUCAGAAUUAUCUGCACGAUAUAGUGAAAAUGAUGAUGAGCAACACUUACAUAAAUUUUUACAAAAUCAGAAAUAUUUAGAAAGUCUAUUGAAUAGACCAAUACUAUAUUGGCAUGAAUUGAUUAAAAAAUAUCUAUUAGAAUGGGAACCAUCAAAACGGACUAUUAUUUUACUUAAACCAAGCUGUGAAUUAUUAAUUGAACAACAAGAACAAGAAGAACAACGAAUAACACAACGUCGGGAUUCACUCGGUCCGAAUGGUCUUAAAGAAUUAAAAGAUGAACUUGAUCAAGCUCGUUCAAAUAAUAAAAAAUCAAACUCUGAAUGUGGCGAUAUUCCACAUCUACCUACAACAAUCAGUGAUAAAUUACAUCUUCCACCGAUAGAAUAUUAUUCUAAUAAGGAUGAAAUCGAUCUUUUCCAUAGUCCGACAAGUCAUUUUAUACAAUACACCUUGCAUAUUCCUGUGAAAAACUUACCUCCAGAUCUUCAAUUGUAUCUUCCACUUUUUUCCAAUUUACUUUUUCAUACAUCUAUUCAGUACGAAAAAAUACAGUUGGAUAAAUUUAAUUUUUGUGAACUUAUAUCUCGCGAUAUACUUAGUUAUAGUAUAUCAAAUGGACAAGCACCAUCACCUAUACAAUCAAGUUAUGUUACUGCACAUUAUAUUGAUACAUUUGCUAUUAGUUUACAAUCAAUAAGUACUAAUGAGAUCUAUAAAAAUACCAUUGAUUAUUUUCGUUACGUACUUUUUGGUACAAUAUUUAACGAUCAUAAAAUAAUAAUUGAAGAAUGUGAAAAAGAAUUAAAAAAUCUUAUCGAAGCAAUACAAGAUGGCCAUACAAUUCAUUUGGGAUUUUUUAAUUCUUUAAUACAUUCAACUAAUUCGACUAGUUAUUAUCAUCAAACGAAUAUUUUUUCACAAAAAAACCUACUUGAGAAAAUUUGUAAACAACCAGAUAAAUAUCAGAAUGAAAUUCUAUCAAAACUUGAACGUAUUCGAUUGUUGAUUUUAAAGAAUUUAUCUCAAAUGCAUUUCACUAUAUGUGGAAAUAUGGAAUUAAUUGAAGGAAAUUGGAAUAUUGUUCAGCAAUUUAUGAAUGAAUGUAAAACAAAGAGUCAAAUAGCAAUUGAAGAUAAUCAACUAAAAGAAACGAAAGGAAAACAAAUUCCAACAGCAUCACCAGCUAUAAUUAUUGGUACUCAACAUGAAGAAUCAGGUUAUGUCAUUCGAUGGGCACGUCUUCCAAUUUGUCAACAAGAUUUUGCCGCGCUGCUAAUCGUUUCAAAUUAUCUUGAUAUGGAAAAUGGCCCACUUUGGACUGCUUGUCGUACAAAUGGCUAUGCGUACGGUGUUGCCUUUGAUUUCGAUUUUGAAACCAAUAUCAUACUUCUAUCCAUAAGUCAAUGUUCUCAAUUAAAAUUAGCUUAUUCAAGUGCCAUGGAAACUCUUAAAAAUCUUGUCGAACAUAAAACAGCGUUAGAUCCACAACGAAUGGUCGCUGCAAGAAAUUUAACAAUUUGUACCUUUACAGAACAGUUAGCCACAUUGGGUCGUUUAACGGGUAUUUGUAUUCGUUCAUAUUUGAAUACAUAUUCGAUUGAAAAAUAUCAAGAUCUAUUAAAAGAAAUAAAUUCAUUCACUUACAAUGAAGAAUAUCUAUUAAAAAUAAUUGACAAAUAUGUAUCGCCAUUGCUUAAUGAUAAUGAUUCGUCGGCAUUGAUACUUGUUAAUACGAGUAAAAUGAAAGAAACACAAGAAUUUCUUCAUAAAGAAUAUGCUAUUAAAAAUGUUCAACUGAUAAAAGAUGUUGUUAAAAGUUUAUGUCGAUAG